GUACGAACGACUCACUUCCAAGUUCCAUCCAGGGCUCCCGUCGGUCACGCAUGUGGACACCAGACCGCUGCGGCUCUCGAGCGGGCAACGCGUCGUGGACGGGAGGGACUCCCUGACUGACUGACGUGGCGAGACGGUUCCUGUACCGACAACAAGUUGAUAAGAUGGCAUUCUACACGCAGAUGGAUUGAAUUAAAUUCUUGUUGGCCCGGACGAGACUUGAUGGCAGGCCACCACCGCUCAUGGGCGGCGAUGUUGGACCGCUGCUAAAAGGCAACGAGCGAGCUUCUCAUCAGAUGGCCACGGGGUGCUAACUUGUUUAAACGGCCACUUUCUCACCACGCAGCCAGCAUCGUUGCACCCGCAGCAGUGGCCGGUCGUUGGCGUUGGCUCCCCUCCCGUUGAUCCAUGUCCCUGGCGGCUCUCGGCAGCGGAUCCGGGAUGCCCCUCGUGGCGACGGCGGCGGCCAUGAUUGGCCUGAUCAACGACAUGCCGUCAAGUCAACACAAUGCGGUGUGCUCGACCCACGGGCAAGGGAGAGAUGUUGCGAGAUGAGGCUCGGACGCUCCUUGCCCUGUUGAAUACCGGUGGACGGUUGUAGGUGCAUGAAGAUGAUGCCGUCGGUCCUAAACAGGGAGGACAGACAACCUUGACGCCGAUGCGGCGACUCCGUUCAUCGUCGGCAAGCGCUGCCAAAGGCUCCAAUGCCACACUCCAACAGGCCCCCCCUGAGAAGCGUCGUCGAUCCAUAGGACCGUCAUUGCGGGACGGAGACACCACGCACACGCUACCCAUGCGGCAUUGCGGUAACACCAUCUGGUGGAGCACACGCGCUCGUCUUGCGGCCUCCUAGGGGCGGGCGGGCUGCUGCCGGCAUCUGGAUUGGGGUGUGUCCUCUGCAGAAAUACCUCGCACGUCCCUUGUCCUGCCGUUCGCUUGGAUCAACUCUUAUUUACAUCGCGUUUGUUGGCUGAGUAUUCUUCCACGUCCGGAGAGACGAGACUUUGACGUGCCGCAUCCUCGCCAUGGCGAUGCGAGUGGCUACAGCGAUAUAGCCCGGCGACCCAAGCAAGCGGGUGACCUUGGAUCCCCUCUCAAGGUCUUGUUCCGUUCCGACGUUGGACUGGUGAAGCAGAGGCUGUCUCCUUCGAUCAGGGCGGGCUCUCUCCCAGGAUGGCCGUCCUGCAGCAGUAUACCUACAUCUUUGCCGUCACCACCAUCUUUGCCUUUCUCGAUGCGUGGAACAUAGGCGCCAACGAUGUGGCCAACUCCUUCGCCACGUCCGUCUCCUCGCGCUCCCUCACCCUCAAGCAGGCCAUGGCCCUCGCCUCCGUGUGCGAGUUCUCCGGCAGCGUCGCCGUCGGGGCGCGCGUCACCGACACCAUCCGCACCAAGAUCAUCGACCCGCACCACUACGACGACGCGCCCGCGGUGCUGCUCCUCGCCAUGAUGUGCAUCAUCGUCGCCUCGUCCACCUUUCUCACCGUCGCCACGCGCUACGGCAUGCCCGUCUCGACCACGCACGCCGUGGUCGGCGGGCUCAUCGGCACCGCCACGGCCAGCAUCGGCAUCGCAAAGGUCAACUGGUCCUGGGGCGGCGUGUCGCAGGUCUUCGUGGCCUGGGCCGUGGCGCCCGGGCUGGCGGGCUGCCUCGGCGCGGCCCUGUUCCUCUUCACCAAGCUUGCCGUCCUGCGGAAGCCGACGGCCGUGAGGCGGGCGUUUUGGUCCAUUCCGUUUUACACGUUUCUCACCGUCGGGGCGUUGACCAUGCUGGUCGUCUGGAAAGGGGUGCAGGUCAGCGACCUUUCGACCCGCGACGUCCUCAUCAGCAUCUUUGGCGCGGCCACCGGCGGCGCCCUCUUGCAGGCCGUCUUCGUCAUGCCGUAUCUAUGGGUGCGCAUUAUGCGAGAGGACUGGACGCUCAAGUGGUAUCACGUCUUUCAAGGCAUCCAUCUCCUCAGGCGUGAACCCCCUCCGCCGACCCCCUACGGCUUCGUCAAGCCUCAGAUCAAGGACUACUACCAAGGACACCUCACUGCGGAGGAGCUGCAGUAUGUGCGCGCCUCGGAGGCGCUCCUGCGGUCGGUACAGACGCCCAGCGGGGAGCAGCCCCCUCCGACGGCGGACGAAGACAAGGACGACGAGCUCAUGCUCCCGCCGCCGGCGCAGGCUCCGACCCCACGGCAGCCGGAGUCGCCCUCGAGCAGCCGACGUACCUCGCACGGCGUCGACGCUGGCCUGACCCCCCCGCGACCCGCGGGCCCGUCCACCAGCCUCCCCGUCGUGACGUGGAAGAUCAACCGCUUCCUGCUGCGGGGCAUCGAAAAGGACGUGGUGAGCAUGCAGACGCGCAACGCGGUGCUCCAGUGGGACAUUGCGGAUAUGCACUCGAGGGCGGCGCGAUACGACAACCGCGCCGAGUACAUGUACUCGGCGCUGCAGAUCCUGACGGCGGCUGCGGCGUCGUUUACGCACGGGGCCAACGACGUGGCCAACGCCAUCGCGCCCUUUGCGACGGCCUACGACGUGUGGUCGCGCGGCCACGUCGGCGACAUGGUCGAGGUGCCCGUCUGGGUGCUCUGCUUCGGCGGCGGCGCCAUCGUGCUCGGCCUCCUGACCUACGGCUACCACGUCAUGCGCACGCUGGGCAACCGCCUGACGCUCAUCUCGCCCAGCCGCGGCUUCUGCAUGGAGCUCGCGAGCGCCGUCACGGUGCUCAUGGCCACGCGCCUGGGCCUGCCCGUGUCGACGACGCAGUGCAUCACCGGCGCGACGGUGGGCGUCGGCCUGGCCAACGGGGACUGGCGGUGCAUCAACCCCAAGCUCGUGGGGUGGAUAUACCUGGGCUGGGUGGUCACGGUGCCGGCCACGGCGCUGAUCUCGGGGUGUUUGAUGGGCUUUAUGCUGAAUGCGCCGUCUUGGCCCGGCAGAUAGAUGGCCCUGAUGGGUGGGCUCGCUUGAGGAGGUGCCUAAACGCUGUUGAUAACUGAUCGUUUUGAUUCUUGCACGGGCACGUUGUGGCGUUGGAAGGUAGCGACUCAUUUCUUUUAUCUUGCACAAUUAUAUUACAGCCAAG